CUCUCCGCAGACUCAAGACAAAGACAAGCUCGAAUUCUCCCUCACCCCCACUUAGAGUUCAUUCCAUCUCUUUGAAAAGGACUUGCAUCCUUUCUUUUGAUCUGAUCUAUCUUAUUCUUUUCUCCACUUGUUUCUCUUCCCAUCACCCCUCCCCCUUCUCCCCGCCCGGUGUCUUCACCGGCUCUUCCUCGCCUGCGGGAUUCCUUUGCAACCCAACGAUGGCUUCGUCCGCUCAUCAACCAUUCGGGUCCCGGUCAUAUGCUGGAGGCAAGCUGCCAGACCGAUCGAUCAAUGCAAACGCGAUUCCCUUCAGUGCAUCGACAUUCUCACGUCGGGGCCUAGGAGCAACAGGAGCAGGCGAUUUUGGGCCAGAAGGCUCCAAGUCAACACAACAAGCACCUCCUCCUCCAGUACAUUCGCAGGCACACGGCCCAUCGCAGGACGCGAAUCCCUUAAGUCGCUUGACAGAGGAGCAGCGGGAAGAAAUCAACGAAGCGUUCACGCUUUUCGAUCUCGACCGUGACCGACACCUUGACUACCAUGAACUUCGCGUCGCCUUCCGCGCCCUUGGAUUCACCCUCGCAAAGCAAGAACUGAUCUCUCUCUUGACUACCUACGGCGUGCCGCGGCCCCAAGUGCAGCAACAAGCGCAACAAGCCCAGCACCAGCAACCCUCCAAGGCCGCCCCGGCCAGCAACCCUCAACACCCGUCUAACUUGCUCAUGCCGCUCUCUGCAUUCCAGGCCGUCACCGCACUCAAGAUCCUCGAGCGAGACCCACGCGAUGAGAUUCUCCGUGCCUUUGAGCUCUUCGACGAAGGUCAGAAGGGUUACAUCGACCUUGAAGAUUUACGGCGGGUCGCGAGAGAACUUGGCGAGACCGGUCUAGAAGAAGAGGAACUCCGAGCUAUGAUUGAGGAGUUCGACCUUGAGGGUGUCGGUGGUGUUACUCGGGAAGCGUUUGUUAGCAUUUGCUGGCAAUAAUUGGGGCUUCCUGGAAACUUUUCUUUUCUGUUUUUUUUUUUUUUUUU